AUGUCAUCGAAAAGCAAAGUUGAGUCUUACGGGAUUUUGCCAUGGAAUGUCUUACAAUUAGCUGAACAUUUGCGACAGGAACGUUUAUUUGUUAGUGCGGAACAACAAAAUCUUCAAAAUCUCAAUGAAAAGGUUCUUUACGUGUUAUCGGAUUUAGCUCAAUUGACAUGGGUCACUGAUCAACAAAGAGUGAAUUUAAAUAAAUUAAUAGUGUCGAGACCUGACUGUACACCUGCUUUAUGUUGUCAACGUGCAAAUGCUUUAGAAAAUUCACAAUUCCUUGAUGUAUAUAAGUGUAUAAGAUAUCAAUCAUGUUUAGUUUACGGAGAAUUCUUAGGAGCACUAAGGAAAAGUCCAGAUAUCUUAGCUGCUUGUUUAGUAGAAGGCGAAAAAUUUUUACCCGAUAUGGUUCAAAAUAUUAUUCAGUCAUUAUCAGCUGGACUUUAUGGGAGUUGUUUAUUACCCGAAGAUAAAAUAUUCGUUUUAAAAUUAUUGAAACAGCUUAUGCUUCUUCAAAUCGUUCCAUCCGAUAAUCCUCGGAGGCUACUUAGACAUGGGACUUGUGCGUUUUCUAGAUUUUAUUCAGUUUUUCACGAAAGUCUAUUUUCUGCAAAGUUAUUCCUCACUGCAGCUCUUCACGGACCGAUAACUCAGUUACUAAUGGAGGAUGAAAUGUUUCUUGACAUUGAUCCAGAUAAAGUACCGAUACGAUUUCCACCAUCCGAAAGAUUGAAAAAAUUUGGAGUUGAAGGGUCUUUAGAGUAUCAGUCUAAAUUGUUACGAUACAGACUUUGGACAAUUAAUUCAUUGGUUCGAAUCACUCAAAGAUUUAUUACAAGUAUACGAGAAAAUAUGUAUUGUUUUCCAACAAGUAUACUUUGGUUAGUAAAACAACUAGCAGGAUUUUUGAAUAAAAGUGGUAACAUUGAAUCUAAGGAAGUUCAUGCAAUGUGUACCGAUCUUGUGUUCACCUAUUUUAUUUGUCCAGCAAUAGUCAAUCCAGAACCGUAUGGUAUUACUGAUGCUCCUAUUAAUUAUGUAGCUAGAUUUAAUUUGAUGCAAGUGGGUCAGAUAUUACAGAUGUUAUCUCUGAUGAAGUAUCAAACAAUCGAUAAUAAAGUUAUGGAUCUAUAUCGUCGCUUUGAAAAAGAUUCAGUUUCUAUAAUUAUUGAUCUGAUGUUAGAAGGAAUAAUAGAGGAACUAGAUGAUGAACCAAAAAUUUUAGAUCAUAAUAAGUUGCAAGGACUUAAUCGAUCUGCUGCACUUUUCACAGAGAAUGAACUAAAUUCAUUGAUUAUAUUUUUACAAACAGUAUGUCAUAACAAAACAGAAGUCACUUCUCCUGAUAAUAGUACUUUAGAUCGUAAAAAAUUGAGUCAAAUGCUAGCUUUAGUGCCAAGUGGCUCAGUGAUGUCGAAUAAAAUUGUAAACAUUACCCCUUUAGAUUCUGUUAAAAGAAGUAGUGGUUUAUUAGGGAAAGUUGGUAUAAAUCGAGGAUUAAGACCUUCUACAUCCUUUAUUCCUGGCAUUUCAAACGAUGGUGUAGAAGAAAUAAAUAACAUUUUUAGUUUUGAAGAAGAAUGCAUAAAUAAAGUUUCACAGGAAGUUCUGGUUAUACCGUUUGGGUCAACACUACAUGAAUCGGUAGGUUUUUUAAGUGAACAUAAAAUUCUGUGCAUGGAAAAUCAAAAUAACAUGAAUCCUGGUUCAGUAACUUUAAAUCUAUCUACUGAUUCUUCAAAUAAUAAUCGCCGUAUUUCUACUGGUCCAGAGCGUAUUGAAAUACAUGAAAAAAGAACACGUUUUUCAUUGUCACACGACGAAGUUUUUUUUGAAGGAUCUAUUGGCAAUACUUCAGAUAAUCUUGAAGUAGUUUCGGAAGCUGCUUCGAAUCAUAGUGUUGCUUCAUCGUUAGAACUGGAAACUGAAGAUCAAAACGACAAUUUAUCCGAUAUGGUAUCUGCAAAUGUAUCUGGAAGAGGAUCUCCUAACAUUUCUGGUCGAGAUACUCCUUCAUCACAGAUUACCGAGGGUGAGGAUGUACGAGCAAGUGGUGAAGUUCGACCUUUAGACUUACCUCCUCCUACAAUUUCUACAAAACAAAGCCGAUCUGAAAUUGAUGACAAAUUCUGUAAAUUUGAAAUAAAAAAACUUAUUGAAGGUGAUGAGACAGUUUCAUUAGUAUCCGAUACGUGGUCUACAGACGUUUUAGCCUCUGAUAGUGAAAUAGUUGAACACCAAGACCGUUUUCUGUUUCCAUCGCUAGCUGAGCAAACGUCGGGACUGCCUGUUGAAUCUUUACAAGGCGUUGCGGAUGUUAGUGAAACUGCUUCAGAAGCUUGGAGUAUGGAUGUUCUUGCAAGUGACUCUGAACGUCUAACUGAGGUGGAUACUGAUGACACAUCUAGUGUAGCGAGAUCUGAUGAUACUGCAAGAUCAGAAAUAGAAAGUCGUGGAGAACCAGAAGUCAGUGAGGAAUCAUCAGAUGUAGUACACAUCUCUACUGGUCCUUUGCUAGAUAGUUUAAAUACAUUGUUUAAGCCAAAUUCUAUAGAAAUUAAUCAAGAAGAAGCCACAAUUUCUUUAUCUCCUAUUUCAUCAUCAGCUGGCAGGAGUACUAGUUUCAGAAGUAGUAAACCUGAUAAUUUUAGAAGCAUUAUUGACUAUGUUGAUAAUAAUGCUAAUAAUGUUAACAGAGUAGGGUAUUUAAAAUCGAUAAAAAAUGGUAAAUUAAUAAAUAUGAUGGAUAAAUUGAAUAUUGAUGAUGAAAAAGACAAUAGUGUAAAUCUCAAUUCGAAUAAUCACAUUGGAGCGGUUGCUGUUGCUCCUGAAUUAUUAUUGGCAAGCCACAUAUCAUCACCUCAUUUAUCGAAUGAAAAAUCAUUAAAUGGAGAUACAAAAUCUGCAGAAUCAGAAGAUUUCAGAACAAGUGUAAAUGAUGUUAUUGUUAGGCUCAGUACAACUAGUUUAACUUCAAGCAAUGAUCAGAAACACAAACGUGGUUUUUUUAGCAAAUUUAAAAUGUCUUUGAAAAAUCGAAGAGGCAAGUCAUUGCGAGAAACAGAUGAACUGGGAAGAUGUUAUGAUCGUGACAUCGGAGCUGACGGUAUAGAUGUUGGACGAUAUAAAUUACGCAAAAGAAUGUCGGAAGAUAUUACGACUAAUGCCAAUAAUAACGUUGAUAGUACUGACGAUAUCUUAGCUAAGUACAGAAGAAAACCAAAUAUAGUAUAUGAUACAGUUUCAGCGGACAACAGUCAGAUUCGACCGAAAGAAACUGAAGAUGAAAGACUUUUAAUUGAUUCAAACAAUGUAGAAUCAUCUUUUGCUUUUUCUGAUGCAAAAAGAAAAUUACGAAUGGUACUUAGCACAGCAGAUCUGCAACACAUUCCAUGGAACAUUUCUUCUGAGGUUGGUAUUUAUAAUAACGGGAGAGAUAAAAACGUACAAUUUUUAGACAUGAUUAAGCAUAUAGUGGAGUUAAAGCUCAAAAAUGCGUGUGUUCAAAAAGAAAAUGAAUUAAUAGCUUUUUUACAACUUCAGCUUGCUGAAGCAAUUAAUUUACAAGAUCGUUCUUUGAUUGCUCAUCUUCAUGAAACUUUACGCUGUGUAAGAUUAUUUAAUGAUGAUGGCUGUAGGAAACUUUUCCAAUCACUUAAAGAUGACUAUGAAAAAAGAUCACCUUAUGUUGCUUAUUUAAUCCGAUGUAGACAGGGUUUGUUAUCAACUUUAGCUCAUUUAGAACGACUAGGAGAACGAGUAAAAUGCGAUCGAGAUGCUGUAAAUAGCCAUUUAGUUGCUGUAUGUGUAAGGGUAUUUUUGGAAAAACGUGAAUUUCAAAUUCUUCGUUUUUGUGAUGAAUUUCAAAAAUUGAAGGUGGCAGAUGAAAAACAAGAUCUUCUUGAAAACUUUUUAAGUAAAAUUUAUAUUGAAAUGGAUAAUGAUUCGAUUUGGCAAGUUGCAAGCGAGAGUCAACUGGAUUUAGCGAGAAUGGUAGUAGAAAGGACAGUGAUGGCUCGAGUAUAUCAUAAUGCACUGUAUCCCAAUGGUGAUGGAGAUAUAUACAGAGAUCAAUUAUUACAUGACCAUAUAAAAAAACUAUCAAAAAUUAUAACGCCGAACCAUAAAGAUUUACGAGUCCCCAAAAUAUAUCAUUAUGAAUGUCCUUGGCCAUGGGCUCAAGCUGAAUUGGCUAUGAUAUCUGCAUAUAAAACUCCACGGGAUAAAUUACAAUGUGUAUUUCGUUGUACAACAACAAUCAUGAAUUUAUUAUCAAUGGCUUCUGAAAGAGGAAUUCCCGCAGCUGAUGAUUUGAUUCCUGUAUUAGUAUAUGCAAACCCACCUUCAUUGCUAUCAACUGUACAGUAUGUAGACAGUUUUUAUGGUCACAAUCGUCUAGAAGGUGAAGAUCAAUAUUGGUGGACUCAGUUUUGUUCAGCAAUUGAAUUCAUAAAAACAAUGGAUUGA